GUGGCUGGGGCAGGAGGGGCAGCUGGAGCAGAGGGGCGGGUGGUGAUGGAGGCGGUGGACGACCGAGUGAAUGAAAAGGUGGACGUCUUCUCCUUCGGUAUCGUGUUGUGGGAGAUCUGGCGGUGCGGCGAGCAGCCCUACGCGGAGCUGGGCCUGGCGGACAUAUUCGCGGGCGUCAUGACGGGCAGUCUGCGGCCGGGAGUGCCGUUGGACUGCCACCCGCACUGGGCGGAGCUGAUGCAGGCCUGCUGGCACGCCAACCCCCGCCUGCGCCCCGGAUUCAGUGAGAUCGCGGAGCGGUUGGAUGCGCUGCUUGAGCGGGUGAGCGGGGAGGAGGGAGGUUAGGAGGGGGUGUGAGGCCAAAUAGACCAAACCAAACCAAAGGAAACCACGAAUGUGGGGGUAGGGGGAUAGCUGGCGGGAGCUAGCAGGAAAGGUGGAGGAGCAGGAUGGCUAUAAUGGCGGGGCAGCGGUAGGGGGGCAGGCAACUGCGGUUUUGCGGGUUCCUCUCAACGUAUCGCGGGCUGGCAGGACGAAUGUGUACGGCAGUGUAGGCUUACGUGUGACUUGUCAGGGGCUGUCGAUGAUAUCAGCUGAGCGGUGCUGAUUUGUGUGCGAACGGCUGGAUGGCUGGAUUGCUGGAAGGCUAGGCUGCUCGAAUAUCCUGUCCUAUCCUGUUAUUUGCGCGUGCGUGCGCAUUCUCCCUUAUUAUGGUUGUUAGGUUAGUUGCUUGAAGCUUGGAGGUUGCAUUGGUGAGUUCUGGCCGUACAGUUGUUGACCGUUGGUUACUUACACAACGUACAUUACGCUUUACAUAAAUAUCCAUGUUGCAAUUUUGCCUAUAUUUUGCCUCGCGCUUAGGCACAUACAUGAGGUGUGAAUUACCGAGGUUACCUCUCCCAAUCUGUUGUGUUGCAAGAAGGCACAAGAAACAUCUGGUGCGAUAGGGUAUGAUAGCAAUGUUGGUGGGUUGAUGUCUCCCGGGUGCAAUCCUAGCUUGAUAGUUUGCAUAGCUCCGCAGUAUCGUCGAGCAGCACACAUAGGGUAGGAACUUAGCCAGUAGGUCGUGGAGCUGACAGUACAUAGCUGAGGCUAUGAUGACAAAACGAAGAUGAAGACUGCCGCACAUGCAUGCCCUUGUGUUAGUUGUUAGAAUCAUCAGGAGCCACGUUACGUUGCCUUGGAGGCCUUUUGGUUGGUUCAAGGCUACCGUUGGAAGUCAUGAGGAAGUGGAGGAGGAGGAGGGGCUGCGGGGAUAGACACUGUGCAAGCGAGAGGCUUGCGUGUUUGUUACGAAAACUGGCCGCGUGUAGGAACGUACUGGGAUGUCGGAAGAUGAUUUGUGUGUGUAUGCGUGUCGCUAGGGUAGAAUGCGAAAGUUACAAGGGGGACCGGAGCUCCUGAAAGCCGGAAAGCCGGCUAGGGUAGGAGGGGACUCCUGCUGCCGUAAAUGCCG